UCAACUGAGCCAUCCGUGGCACCGUGCGAGGUUUUUCACUUUAUUAAAAAACAUUUGAGGUGGCUUCAAGUAGUUCAAGCUUGAGUGCGUGACUAAGGAGUAAGGACAUACUGGUCCAAGCUGUCCAGCUUUAACAAAAAAUUGUGCGCGGAGCAACCUUGGUGGCGAUCCAGGCCUGAUUACAAGAGUAAAUCAGCUUCAAGCCUUCAAUUCUGUUGAUUUAUUGAUUUGGGUCCUAGAUUGUGGUUUCUGAGGGUGAAAGGAAUGAUGGGUCGGUCUUCGGGUUGGGCUCCAAGAAAUGCGGGUUUUAGGGCGGAGAGUUUAGGUCAGGAUGCACUCUCUAUGAUGAGGAACCUGGGUUUCACCGUAUUUGUAUUUGGGGUGUUGAUUUUCACUAUAAUUGCGGCCACUUAUCAACCUGAUGACCCACUGUUUCACCCUUCUACUAAGAUGACUAACUUUCUCACAUCAAAAUCAAAUGCCACAUUCAAAUCUGAUGACACCGUGGUCAAGACCGGGGAAGACUUCAUUGGUCCCAACCAGACUGCAUUUUCCAGUUUUAUUAACCUUACUGAUGUUGAUAUCGCAAUGCCCUUUACCGAGACUGGAAACGAUCUCGAGUGCCAAGGGAAAACUGAUGAACCGAUUAACUGUCGGGACCCGGACGUGUUCCAUUUAUUGAUGAAAGCCACUAUCGAGAAAUUUAAGGAUGUACACUUUUACAAGUUCGGUAAGCCCGUCAAUGGCUCGGACGGAAGCUCCUGCCACAUGGCAUGGCGGUUUAGGCCAAAGGAAGGAAAGACCGCUGCGUUUUAUAAAGACUACAGGAAUUUCGUGAUCUCCAGGUCAGAGAAUUGUACACUUAAUGUGGUCGGGAUUGGAGAAUACCAUUCUGGCGGGAAUGCCAGGAAGAGAAAGAGAAAUCACAAGGUGGGAGUGCCGGAUCAAACAGGGAAGUCGGGUGAAGGGUUUGAGAAGGCGCCGAGUGAGACAGCGGGCCAGGGAGCUGCCAUUGCUCUUCCCGUAGUGGGGGAGGCCGUGAACGACUCCCUCCCAAUUGUGGAAUCAGAGGGCUCAUUUGGCCGGGGAAAGUAUUUGGUUUAUUCCGGCAGCGGUGAUAGGUGCAAGAGCAUGAACCAUUAUCUGUGGAGCUUCAUGUGUGCUCUGGGUGAAGCCCAGUUUUUGAACCGGACCUUGGUGAUGGACCUAAGCAUAUGUUUAAACAAGAUGUAUACCUUGUCUGGACAAGACGAGGAAGGUAAAGAUUUCAGAUUUUAUUUUGACUUCGAGCAUUUAAAGGAUUCAGCUUCCGUCCUUGACCAGACUCAGUUUUGGGAAGACUGGAACAAGUGGCACCAGAAAGACCGGUUGACUCUCCACCUAGUCGAGGACUUUAGGGUUACCCCGAUGAAGUUAACCAGUGUAAAGGAUAGUUUAAUCAUGAGGAAAUUCGGAAACGUGGAACCGGAUAAUUACUGGUAUAGGGUGUGUGAGGGUGAGACGGAGUCGAUUGUUCAACGACCAUGGCACUUGAUUUGGAAGUCAAGGAGGUUGAUGGACAUAGUUUCUUCAAUCGCGUCGAGGUUGAAUUGGGACUAUGACUCUGUCCAUGUUGUGAGAGGCGAAAAGGCCCGAAACAAGGAAUUGUGGCCUAAUCUUGGACGGGACACCUCGCCGGAGGCCAUCAUGUCAUCAUUGAAGGACAAGAUUGAAGAGGGGAGGAACUUAUAUGUGGCGACCGAUGAGAGCGACGUGUCAUUUUUCAACCCCCUGAAGGACAAGUACUUGACCCAUUUUCUAGACGAGUACAAAGAACUUUGGGAUGAGAACAGUGAGUGGUGGUCGGAGACGGCGAAACUUAACAGCGGGAAUCCGGUGGAGUUUGACGGGUACAUGAGAGUGUCUGUCGAUACGGAGGUUUUCAUGAGGGGUAAGAAACAGUUUGAGACGUUUAACGAUCUGACUAAGGAUUGCAAGGAUGGGAUUAACACGUGCUGAUUGCCAUGUUUAGGGAAAAUUUUGCUUUCUGUUUGGCAGUACAUAAGCGCACCAGGAGCUUCUUUCUUCCUCCCCAAUCAGGGAAAGAAAAAUAAGAAGGAAAAGUUUGGAGAAUUUCCUUUUUCGCAUUGUGCUGUUUUUAGUUUGUACGACUUAUGAUUGCCCUUGGGUGAUUAGCACAUAAUUUGUCAACCUUUUUGUUUAUAUAUCAUCAUUAUUGCUUUGUUUGAGACAUAAA